AUAGAUGGGUUCCUUGGUGGUUGCAGACCGUAUUUGGCAAUAGAUAGCACAUUCUUGACAGGCAGGUUCAAGGGGCAGUUGGCUAGUGCUACUGCCAUUGAUGGCCAUAAUUGGAUGUAUCCGGUUAGUUCUGGAGUUUUUGACUCUGAAACUAAUGAGAAUUGGACUUGGUUCAUGCAACUGCUAAGACAAGCCAUAGGAUCACCAACAGGUUUAGCCAUAUGCACUGAUGCUGGCCAGGCAGUUAUGACAGGGGUAAAAGAAGUGUUCCCAGAGGCAGAACAUAGAGAGUGUAUGUUUCACUUGGUGACCAACUUCAAGAAGAAGUUCCAUGGGAAGGUGUUUGAUGACCACCUUUGGGCUGCUGCUUACUCAUGGAAUACAUAUUUAUUUGGCAAACAUUGGGCUGCUAUGGAGACAGUAAAGCCAGCUGCAACAACACAUGUAAGGAAGUGGCACAAUAGGUUGUGGUCUAGGAGCCAGUUCUCAACUAUAUGCAAGGUGGACUAUGUAACCAACAACUUGGUUGAGAGCUUUAACAAUUGGAUCAAGCACCACAAGUCCUUGAACUUGGACGACUUCUUUGAUAAGGCGAGGCAAUUGAUUAUGAUAUUGUGGAACCGAAGGAGAAAAGUUGCAAAGAAGUUAGAUGGUUUGAUUCUCCCCCACAUAAUGAAGAGGCUGAAUGUAAUGACUAGGGAAUUAAACUUGGAGGUUGUAGAAAGCUCAGAAGAAGUUGCUGAAGUGACUGCAUUAGGUGGUAGCGGAUUUAGGUUUGUGAUCAACUUGCAAGAGAGGACAUGUUCUUGUAGACAAUGGCAAGUUUCCGGCCUUCCUUGCAAACAUGCUCUUGCAUUCAUCACAUCACUUACCAAUGCACACAUACGACAAUAUGUGGACGUGUAUUACUCCCUUGAAAAAUUCAGAUCAGCUUAUGCCCAACUAAUCCCUGCUAUGCCUGACAAGAACCAAUGGCCUCAAUCUGACCAUGGCUUCUUCAUGCAUCCGCCACUAUUAAAGGCUACUGCUGGUAGGCCUAAAACUGAGAGGUACAAAGGUUGCGGUGAGAAGAAAAGGAAAAAUGGCAAACUCUUAUGCCCUAUUUGUAAGGAAUAUGGGCAUCACUGGCAUAAUUGUAAGAAAUGCAACCCCGAUGACAUUGCUGCGAUGACGGCUGUGAGAGAACCACCAAAGAAGAGGACAAAGACAUCCCAAACAGCCGACUCAUCCAUUGUGCCUUAUGAUGAAGAACCAACAAGAAUGUGUUUUCCCCCAAGCCAAAAUUUGGAAACUACAACUAAGAAGGAAAAGAAGGAAAACCAUGCUAACUCAAGUGAUGGAGCAUCAAAAAGUACCAAAAGCUUGGAGAAUACAAGUAAAAAAAAUAGGAAAGGGAGCAACUCUGAAUCGGUUGGAUCCAAAAGAUCAGGAACCGGCUCAAACCAACUGAUGCCAAUUUCCAUAGAGUUUCCUAUUCCCGGCGAUGAGAAAGAUGUUCCAGUGAAGGCGGGCAAGAGCAAAAAGAGAAAGUGUGCUAAAAAGAUUCCGGCGGUUCCACUUGACAGCCCAGCUAUGUGCACAAGAAGCAAAUUUUUAAGCCCUGCGAGCCCCGCAAUGAGCACAAGAAGCAAAAGAAGGCUCAGCUUGUGAUUAUCAGAUGGUUUCUUUUGAUGCAAUUGUUAUUUUGGAGGUUCUUUUGUGCUGUUUGGGUCAUAUAGAUUCGACCUCAUGCAUGUGUGACCUUGUAUGCGAACUACUGAUGCAUCUGAACUACUAC